AGUGUGUAGAGUAGAGGAUUUUGGUUGUGGCUAUGAACAUGUGUUAGCAACGUCAGCCACAGGAAGUAGGGGUCGGCAUUGGUGUCAAAGGUGGUUCUGUUUAAAUGAUAGUGAAAGAAAGUCUGGCAUGUGGUUAAGAAAAUCCCAUAAAUUUGGCUGCGAUCAGUAUGGUUUGAUAUUUUUAAACGUGAACACAAGAGACUUUGCCGUGUGUGAUAACGGCGGCAGAGAUUAGUGCUUUAGCCAGUUAUAGGAAUCAGAGAAUGAUAAAACUUUAAAGCCUCUUAUGUGAUUUAGAAAGCUGUUUAUCCAUCGACCACAGGCCCUCCAGACAUGACUCACUCAAUGGUAAUGGCAGAGGAGCAGUUGAGCCUAAAGGGCGAAAAAGUCCAGUAAUAAUUUUAAGCCCCCACGAGUUUCAUUCUGCGAAAGGUUUUCAUUUUUGCCAAACAUUUAGUGUUGAAUGUGCAUUCAUUCUUGACAGUGGAACUCUGGGUUCAGAAAAGAGGAGAAGCAUGCAAGGCUCCUUUUUGUUCUAGUUCUUAAAACUUAUCGAGGAUGACAGAAGCAUCAAUAGAAGCAACUGUCAUGUACGACUAUACGAACAACUGUGACAAUUCCAGUGCAGACCUUCAAGAUGGAUCCAAGUUCUUCUUAGUCCUUUACUGCAUAAUGUUUGGUUUUGGUUUAAUUGCCAACUGCACAGUUCUGUGGGUUCUCAUUAAGCACAUAAAGCUGAGGAUGAUGACGGAUGUGUUACUCCUCAAUCUGGUUCUGUCUGACCUUCUACUGGCUGUGUCUUUGCCCCUCUGGAUUGUCAAAUCCCAUAAUAUCGGAUUGUGCAAAUUAGUAACGGGAAUCUAUCAGCUAGGUUUCUACAGUGGAACUUUCUUUGUGACUGUGAUGAGUGUGGACCGCUACCUGGCCAUCGUCCAUGCUGUGGCAGCCAUUCGAGCCAGGGCACUUCGUUACGGAAUCAUAGUGAGCGUUGUCAUCUGGAUUGUAUCCGUGAUCAUGGCGGCGCCUCAAGUGGUAUUUGCCUCCUUGGAAAAAGAAGAUUUUGACACUUCUCACUGCCAUCCGGUGUACCCAGAAGAAACGGUCGAGUUUUGGAAAAAGCUGCGAAACUUCAGCGAAAACACAGUGGGCAUUUUCGUGUGCCUCCCGAUCAUGAUUUUUUGCUAUGUGAAGAUCCUUCUGGUUCUGUCCAAAUCCAGGAACUCCAAAAAAGACAAAGUGGUAAAGCUGAUCUUCACAGUGGUGUGUGUGUUUGUAGCAUGCUGGGUUCCCUACAACAUUUUAGUUUUCCUUCAGACACUGGAGCAACUUGAGAUCCUGGAUGACUGCCAAUUAUCAAACAAUAUCAACAAAGCCAUGCACUUUACUGAGAUCAUGGCCCUUUCUCACUGCUGUUUAAAUCCAAUCAUCUACGCAUUUAUUGGUGAGAAGUUCAGGAAGUCGCUGGGCAAUGCUUUGAAGAACCACUUCUGCCGUAGGAGCAGAAGGGCUUUAAGCCACAGAGACACCACAGAUAAUGAGACAUCCAACACAGGUGUUAGGUCCACCUAUUAAAGUCAUGUGUGGUGACGCAUGAAGAUGAGUCACCAUACGUGCUCAAACAUGUGUUUUUGUUCUAAAAAUUAAAGAAUCACAAAAUGUCAAGCUUGUGUGUGGGUGUUAGUGUGCACAUAAAGGCUAGAUGAAUGUAAGAAUGUGGUUAAAGCUCAAAAGGUACAACAAAGCAUUUGCCGUAACUACAGAAGAAUUCAUUCUGAAAGUGAGUAAAGGUUCUGAAGUGUAUAAAGUUGUUAUUCCUUGCUUUUUAUUCAGUUAUUGUAUUUGUAACCCUUAAGUCAAUAUGUAACACAAAUAAAAUUGUAAUUGUUUCAACUAUU